CUGGUGCGCAACUGCGUGGACAUCGCCACGUCCAACAACCUGACGGACUUCCUGGUGGAGAUGGGCUUCCGCAUGGACCACGAGUUCGUGGCCAAGGGGCACGUGUUCCGCAAGGGCAUCAUGAAGAUCGUGGUGUACAAGAUCUUCCGCAUCCUGAUGCCCGGAAACACUGAGAGCAUCGAGCCGCUCUCCCUGUCCUACUUGGUGGAGCUCAACGUGGUCGCACCAGCGGGGCAGGACGUGGUCUCUGAUGACAUGAGGAACUUUGCUGAGCAGCUGAAACCUCUGGUGCACCUGGAGAAGAUUGACCCCAAAAGACUGAUGUGAUUGCAGUCUGGGCGGUUAAGGUACUCGUUUUGCAAGGGUUCCAGAAAAGGGUGUUUUUCUAAAAAGCUUUUUGAGGGCAAAUCAAAACGGGGAGAGGGGAAUAAAGGACUACAUACCA